GUGCCUGGUGCGGAGGAUCAGACAGCCCUGUCCCUGGAGGAGUGCCUUAGGCUGCUGGAGGCCACCUUCCCUNCUGCCUCACGUGGUUAGUUUCCAGCUGCGGAUGUCUCCACCCUGAGCGAAGCCGUGCCCGGCGAGAGCAGGUCCGCGGGCAUCCAGACCAGCCUGCUGUCUCCUCUCCUCACAGAGACCGAGUCGCCUUUCGAUCUGGAGCAGCAGUGGCAGGACCUCAUGUCUAUCAUGGAAAUGCAGGCUAUGGAAGUGAACAACACAACCGCAGAAACCAUGUACAACGGCACGAGCGGAGACCUGCUGACUUCUAACUACAGCCUCGCUCCGAACACUCCCAUCAAUCAGAAUGUCAGCCUGCAUCAGGCCUCUCUGGGUAGCUGCUCACAGGACUUCCCCCUCUUCAGCUCAGAAAUCGAAAGCCCCUCCAUGGCUGGCAGCUCGGCCCUGCUCCAGCUGGCGCCGGACAACUCCACCGGCCUCAACACCACCUUCGGCUCCACCAACUUGAGCGGCAUCUUCUUCCCUCCGCAGCUGAACAGCACAGUCAACGAGACGGCUGGCCCCGAGCUGCCGGACCCGCUGGGCGGUCUUCUAGACGAAGCCAUGCUUGACGAGAUCAGCUUGAUGGACUUGGCGAUUGAAGAAGGUUUCAACCCGGUGCAGGCCUCGCAGCUGGAAGAGGAGUUUGACUCCGAUUCGGGUCUUUCUCUGGAUUCCGGCCACAGUCCUGCUUCUCUGAGCAGCUCAGAAGCCUCCUCCUCCUCCUCGUCGUCCUCUUCCUCCUCAUCCUCUUCCUCCUCCUCGUUUUCUGAGGAAGGAGCUGUUGGCUACAGCUCAGACUCUGAAAACGUGGACUUUGAAGAAGCGGAAGGGGCGGUUGGAUACCAGCCAGAGUACAGCAAGUUCUGCCGCAUGAGCUACCAGGACCCGUCGCAGCUCCACUACUUGCCUUACCUGGAGCACGUUGGCCACAACCACACCUAUAACAUGGCGCCGGGGGCCCUGGAUCCAGAGGAGCCCAAACUGCCCAGCGCCGGGAAGAAGAGCAGCAAGGAGAAGCCGUCCGAGUUCCUGGAUAAGCAGAUGAGCAGGGACGAGCAUCGAGCCAGAGCCAUGAAGAUCCCCUUCACCAACGACAAGAUCAUCAACCUGCCCGUGGAGGAGUUCAACGAGCUCCUCUCCAAGUACCAGCUCAGCGAGGCGCAGCUGAGCCUGAUCCGGGACAUCAGGAGGCGAGGCAAGAACAAGAUGGCUGCCCAGAACUGCCGCAAGAGGAAACUGGACACCAUCCUCAACUUGGAACGGGACGUCGAGGACUUGCAACGAGACAAGUCCAAACUGCUCAGGGAGAAGGUGGAAUUCCUCAAAUCCAUCCGCCAGAUGAAACAAAAGGUGCAGAACCUCUACCAGGAAGUGUUCGGCCGGCUGCGGGACGAGAACGGCCAGCCCUACUCCCCCAGCCAGUACGCCCUGCAGUACGCCAGCGACGGCAGCGUCAUUUUGAUACCUCGCGCCGUGGCUGACCAGCAGGCCCGGCGGCAGGAGCGGAAACAGAAGGACCGGAGGAAGUGAAGGGACGGCGAUGCGGGAGGAGUGGGACACUCGCUCAAGUGAGAACUGGAGAAGGGCUGAGUCUGGAAGUACUUAGAGGAACUUUCAUGCCUUCUUAUCCAAUAUAUCUUCUCAAAAAAAAAAAAACGUGACUGCUGCCGGUCAGUGUACGGGAGAGACUGCGGGACCUGCAGGCUGAGUUUUGAGGGCUCCCUGCGGGGAGGGACGGGGAGGAGCGGACCCGGCACUGGCGAGCCUGGCGCCUUCCACACCUGGAAUCCUUUGAGUGCAGGAAACGAGCUGGCAUCACUGGUGGUGAGAUUGGCAGAGGCGGAAAAACUACUGUUAGGAACUGGCUUUAAAUAAGAAAAGAGAUUUAAGCAAAUGAACUUAAAACGAGUUAUAGGAGAGACAUUUUUCUGAACUUCCAAAGUUCUGUGAUUUCAGGUAGCUGGUUUCUUUUUUUUCCUUUUCUUUUUUGGUUUUUUUUUUUUUCCCCUUUUCCUGAACCAGUUUUGACAUCGGUGUGUGUGAUUCAAUCUGACUUAAUUCCAGAUUAACCAACAUCCCUUCCUAAAUCAGACCAGUGCACACAUGGAAACACAAGUGGUGUGACUUCCAUUAACCCUUUCCAGUCUGA